UUAAAACAGACACGUCGCGUUGCACAGUACCGUGGAUACGUAUUGUUUCUAAUCGAAACGAUCGAUUUGGAAAACGCAUUUCGACUUGUCAGCGGGUUCUGGAACAACGCGAAACCGGAAGUGUAUUAAAUUCGAACGUGUUCAAUUGCAGUGACCACUGUUGUUGUAAAAACCUUGUGAAAACCUUUGCGCGGAGAAACAGCGUCGUCGUCGUAUCGCAUUCAGAUAGACCAAUUUUUGAAUCUUCAAGAAUGAAUACAUCAACGAACAAAAUGAAUAAAGGCAAACAAACAAAAAAAACUCAGACUGGAAGCCAAGUUAAAAUACCAUCGGAAAUUAUAAAAACUGAAAAUGCAGUUAAAAAAACAACAAAUGUAAAACAAGAAACUUGCACCGAGAUACCUGAAAAUGGGAGCCAAUUUUCGAAUGAAAAUGUACCCAAUGAGCAUAAGAUUAGCGAUAACAAUAAAAAACUCAUAAGUUAUGCAAACGUGUGCAAAGCAAUUAAAUCGAAAGUUGAUACAAGCAAAAAUGAACCUACUUUAGAAGAUAGAAUUUGUUAUUUGAAAGAAAUCGAUGAAAAUCUUUUCAACCUGCCCGGAGACAUUCCUGUCGCCCAUUGUGUCGCCGAAGACUUGCGGAUGAGAGCUGGAAUCGCAUUGGAAUUCAAACAACAUUUUGGUGGUAUUGGACAAUUGUUUGAUCAAAAUCUGACUAUAGGCGAUGUUGGUGUGAUUGUUAACGACCGUAAUGAGAUUGCUUUUUACAUGAUAACGAAAAAAUCUAGUGGCGGAAAACCAACAAUGCAAAUGUUAUCAGUAGCCCUAAGGUCUCUAUUGGUAAAAAUGAAAGAGAUGAAUUUAACCAAGUUGGGGAUUCCAAAAAUCGGUUGCGGAUUGGACGGUCUAGAUUGGACGAUGGUUAAAGAGCUUAUUGCAAGUAUCUUCGCUGGAUCCCGGAUAUCUAUAACAGUUUGCAUCCCAUCUAAAAUAUUCAAUCACAUACCGCCGCCACUGUUGAAAUCAUUUAUUACACCAAAAGAUUUGUUGAAAACGGAAGGUAAGAGCGAUAUCUUGCUGUUCGUCGAUCUGGAACAGUCAAAAAAGAGUAAUUGGACGAACGAUAUGGUGGAUAGAAUAAAUGCUCAAUAUCCAUCGUUCAAAGAAAAUUUAUUGAGAGAUAUCGGAAGUAACCUGUUGUAUCCCGGUGAUGUAACCUCAUAUUUGAUAAAGAAAGAAAGAAUCAAUUGCUUGUUUACUAGUCAAACGGCAUAUUAUACUUCACUGGAAAAAGGCUUUAUCAACAUUAAAAAAAGCAUCCGAAGUUAUAGGACUUUUGCAUUCCAGAGUGGACCCAUAAAACCUACCGAAAACUUUAAGUUCAUAUCACGAAUGCUGUCAAUAUUACGUUCAGUUAUUUAUAGUUCGGAAUUAUGGUUAUGCGGUGAUACGGAUCAAACAAAAGACAAAGAAGUAUAUGAAAAUUACUGUAGGAAUAUAAUUAAUGAAGCUAGGCUUGCAUAUCGACCAACAACGAACAGCAAUAGACCAAAAGUUGGUGGUCCAAAACAGUUUAAUGCGUUAAACAAUCAAAGGUGGAAUAAUACUCCUACCAAAAAGAAUAAGCAUAGAAAAUAUAUGUAG